AUGUCUCUUUCGAGACGCACCGAUGCCGCCUCCAAGUUUACGUCUUCGGGGAGAUAUACCCCAGAGGCCAUGAUAGUCAUAACCUGUGCCACUAUUUCGCUGUACAAUGGCAUCGAGCUGCUUCUCCUCAUCUUGACAUCAUCCAGGCGGCAUAACGACCUCUUCUCAUGGAGCCUUGCUGUGGCUUCCGUGGGUGUGCUGCCGUAUGCGAGUGGCUGGCUGGUUCGCUAUUUCGAUGUUGUGGGGGACGUUGCAAAUAUGCUCAUAAACGACAUUGGCUGGAUACUCCUGACUACUGGCCAAGCUCUUGUUCUAUAUUCUCGACUCAACUUGCUCGUCAAAAGUAUCUCCAUUUUGAAGGUUACGAAAUGGAUGGUAAUCCUUAAUGCUAUUAUAUGGCACAGCGCGGUUACUGUUCUUUUGUUUGCUAUCAGCACGCAGCAAAAACUCGACCGCAACGGUGCGUUCAUCAAAGUCCAAAAGAUUCAGCUGGCAUUCUUCUGUGCUCAAGAUUUCUUCCUUUCAGGUCUUUACAUUUGGAAAACGACGGAGAUCAUCAAGAGAAAAGAAGCUGAAAACCAUACUCCUCGGAUAAUCUGGCACCUGUUUGCUAUUAACGUGGGAAUCGUUAUAGUAGAUGUCACGCUCCUCGCCGUUAGCUUUACCAAUAAUUUCCUGUGGCAACAGGGAAUCAAGGCAGUGGCCUACUCGGUAAAACUCAAAGUUGAGUUUGUUAUACUCGGGAAACUCAGCGACUACGUUCACAAAGGAGGUGAAUUGAUCAAUGUCGAACAUCCUGUCUUUGGAUUUGUAGAGAUGGAGCCCGAGCCUCCGUCAAGAAAACAAUCGAUACAGCCAUCAGCUACCCCCGAGACUACACAUUUAGAAAGAGUGAGGAAGCAGUCGACUAUUUCUGCUGCAGAGUCGUCACGCAACCGAGAGUUCAUGUCCGAUGGGAUCGCGGCACAUAGAAGCGAAAGCGUCAAGAGGCGUACACUGGAUAAGGGCAAGAGUAAAUGCAUGGAUGAUUGUUGCAAUACUGGCGUUUCGGCAUCAAAAUAG